AUCUCAUUUGAGCCUUUCUGAGGAUAUCCAACUUAAUAUUGGUGGAAGAAAUUGUUAAUCCUUUUAUUUAGUUGCCAGAUUUUACAUUCGACUAUAGUAAAAAAUUUAAAUCACAAAUAUUCAAGACACUUUUUUUAUGAUCUCCAGGCAAGAGAAUUUACAAAAAUAUUUUAGUGCCUCAGAUUGGCUAUAAAAUGAAUGCAUGGAUUUAUAAAAACGUUCAAAUUUUUGAAUAAAUAACUGGAGCCUGGGUGUGCAGUGGCGUAGCUAGACGUGGGCUUUUGACCAUCAAAAAGACGGAAAACAUUAUUUCAAAGCCUUUAUGGAAUCUAUAUGUUGUUCAAUACUCUUCUAUUCAUAUUUCUCCAUCAAUGGUAGACCUAAAAUAAUAUCUUCUCAAACAUGGGGCGAUUGCUUUUCAAUCCAAGAUGCAAUAUACCUGAGUAUGGAACCUCUAAUACCGAAACUAUGGAUUCUAGAUAGAGGUAAUUAUGAUUGUAGUCCGAAAAUAUUGUCCUAUCAUACAAUUUUUAACCUCAUAUCAGAUAAAACAGAACUUACAACUAUAAGAGGAAGAAAUUUGAAUUCUAUGGUGAUUGAUCCAAUUUUCGAAAAGAAUUUUGGACAUAGGGCCUACAUAGGACAAACAGAUGAGAAUUUUCUAAUCGUUUUCUGUUUGAAAACAUUGAUUUGGUGGAAAGUUCACCUAACAGAAAGCAGUAAUCCUUUUAUGGUAGUGAAUACAAACUUUUUGGAGAUUUCUAAAACUAGUUCGAACUUGUUUUUAACUGGAAACGAACGAGAAGACAUAUUCAGUUUAAAUCUGGAACAGUUAAGACACUUACCACUCGUCGAAACUGAGGGGGACUCAUUGAUUUUAAAUGUUACUUUGCUUGGGCAGAAGCUGGGAGCUUCAACGGGGAUAGUAUCAGAUCUAGACGGUGGAUUAAUUUAUUUCAUGAAGAGAUUUCAUGCCAUAUUAAGAUGGAAUACAGAGUUUCCUAUUGUUGCCGAACACCACACAGUAUUGGCGCAAUCGUUUCAAAAGUUUCCAUAUAUUUCUGGUUUCUUUACAGAUUCUGAUGAUGAUAUUUGGGCAAUAGUGAAUUCGGGAAAUCCGAACGAUUGUAACAACGUUACUAAAAACUUGGAAUUGAAAAAUAGAACUGUUAGAAUAAUUAAAUAUAGUAAAUCUGAUGAAGAGAUAACAUUUGAUGUCUGACAUGGAAAAAUGUGUAGCUAGAUAUUUGAUCUAUAAGAAAUGUUGAAUAUUUUAAUCUAAUCAUUAUUUUUCAUCGAAUAAAAUAUAUUUGUA